GACAGCGUCACCCAGGUUUAUGAAUUUUAGGUCCUCAGUUCAUUUUCUCAUGACCACCGCAACACAAAUUGCCCAACUACCAAUUAAUGCUAAUUACUUACAAAGAUAUGAUCUUAUGAUUUCGCGAGUAAAUAAUCACGUCAAACGACUCAGUACAUUAUAACACGACGCGCUGCCCCGAACAGCAGAAGGGAUGGCGGCAAUGCGACCAAACAAACGAUUACAAGUAGGGUCGAAAGGAUGGUUAACAGAGGAGCGAUCGAACGCGCUACAGCUUGCGGAGACGGAGGCGGAAGAAUUCACAUUUGCUGCAAGGAAUGAAAUUGAAUGGUUGAAUGAACAUAUGGCGGAAAUCUUCACCAAGAACCAGGUGUAUGUAAACAUACCUGCGACAAAGGGUUCGAGCUAACCUUCUGCCUUCCAGAAACGUUGCCGAAAUAUUUAAAACACCUGGGAAGUUACGUGGGAAGACGCCUAGAACGGCUAGGAAGUUGAAUCAAUUGGAAGUGCGCGCAGUAUGUCUAUCAAAUUUAUGUAAGAUCCACGCUAACAUCCAGCAGCCAUUAUCCGAUGUGUUUUCAGCAACACUGCAAGGAGCCCCCAGCCCGUUUCGACGUACCCAUUACGAGCGAUCACCACCAAAGUUUCGAGUGGCGGAGGACGCCCCAGCUGACCCUCAAGAGGAAGCCGCUCAGUCGCAACCUUCUCCCUCGCAACCUACCCCUUCACACCGUCCAUCUAGCUCUGGUACUUUGCAUAGUAGUGUCCAGCACAAAUCUUUCAAUAACGCGCUUGAUUCUGGAUAUUAUGGAAGCCAGUUUGAGGAGGCGACUCAACCUAACACUCAGCUCACCGAACCGGCUUCUUUCACCUCAACCCCACCCCGACCUGUUACAACCCCACAGGAUACUAACGCGGAUAAAGAUACUGCCGAGGAUACUGGGGAUGCAGAUAACGAGGAAAGCAAGUCCGAGGAGGGCGGGUCACCUUCCACGCGAGGAGCAACUGCAGACACUGAGCAUGAAGAAAGACGAGUUAUCGAGGACUCCCUUCAACCUGCACAAGAAGACUCGCCAAUAUUGGCCACUAUUGAGGUUGAACCAGAAGAAGAUCAACAAGUUGAAGAAGAAGGUAAAGAAGAGGAACAUGACCAAUUCGUGGGAGAUGUCGAGUAUCCAAAUCUUGAGUCGCCAGCGCAGAAUCGAACCCCAGUCUACCAGUCGCCGGAAAAGCGUUCGCAGCAGAAAUCUCCAUCCAAAUCUCCUGCAAAGCCAGAUUCUCCAUUGAAAGAAGCCUCCAUAGAGCCACACUCAUCGCCAAUGCCUCCUGAAGACGAGGACGAGCAGAUGGAUGAUGCUCCUGACGCUCAAUCUGCUUCCGAAGGAUCAAGUCCUAUACGCCCGAUCUUUCGCAAGAGCAGUUUGAAUUUUGCUUCUUUGCCUGCUCGAGAUUUGUCCAAGAAGAGUCUCGGGCAUCGUACGUCGCGAACGAGUCAUCUUGAACAGACACGUACUAGUCAUUAUGGCCGACCUACAGGUGGAAAGAGUCUAGGUAAUGUUAAGGAAGACCUCGCAAACAAAGAUGAGGACGAAAUGGAAAUUGAUGAAAUGCACGGCCCGACUGGACGGGAAGAAUCUGAGGCAGAAACGUUACUAGCACGCAUUCACAACAAGACUUCCACGCAGCGUCUUCAGGACCAGAUCAGCAUGCUUGGUCAGUCGCAACCUGCAACCAGGCCGGCAUCAAAGUCGCUUGUUGGUGGUGUCAUUGCCUCUCGACAGUCGACACAAGCGGUUCAACCUCCAACGCCACAUCGUGGACAAGAAGAAUCAUCCUCACAACAAAGGAACAAGUCGUUCGCUACUCCAGGCGCCUUUCCAGAAGACGAAGAUAGCUGGAUCGGACCUCCAACAACAGCACUGAACGAGAAGUCUAUUUUCAGUCCUCGCCCAACAAUUGCCAAGACUCACACCACAGAUGUAAUGGAGAGCAUACAUAACAAGGAGACUAUCAGUGGCUCAGAAUUUAUGAUUCCAAAAAGGGGUGAUGGAAGGCAAACAUCGCCUGUCCGUGAAACGAAUGUACAGGGUCUAACUAAAUCUAUCUCGACUUCAUUCAUACCUUCUAAGAGGGGAGUUGAGUCACAGAGCCCCAACAAACUGACAUCGGUCUCCAAUCCAAAUCUUCCCAUUAGUACAAUUGAUGAGGACUCUACAACCCCUCCAAAGUCCCCUCCAAGGACUCUUCGGGGUAGCCCUUUGAAGGUUGCUAAAGACAAGUUUUCUUCGAUACUCAAAUCUGGAAAAACCUUGUUUGUAAGUAGUGCAGCUGCGAGUGCUGAAGCUAAAAUUGAAACUUUAUCGUCAUCGGCCACAAGAUUUAAUCAAAACAGUGUGCCUUCCUUCGAAGAUGUUCUUCAAAGUGAAGCGAAUGACGUAGAAGUUUCGUAUCCGAAAAUUAUGGAUACGCAUAGUUAUGACCAUGCUUCCAAUCGUUUCCAAAGUCCCACCAAAGCUCCCAUUCGAAGGACUCGAGCAUCUACUGAAAAGGAAGAGAAACGCAAAGAAGAGGCCGCUAGAGAGGCCAAAGAGGCCAAAGAAGCACAAAAAAUGAAUGACCAAUUGGAGAAGGCACGCAUGAAGGUCAAGGAGGACGCACGUGUUUAUCAUCAAGAGCAAGAGCGAGCGGCAGCCAUUCAGAGGGAGGUGACUGCCCGGAAAGAGCAAGAGAAAUUGGCUAAGUCGACCCAAGUCGACGUGCCAAAGACAACUCGAAGUAGUCCACGGAGAACGAAGGCUCAGUUGGAAACAGAGGCCAUGGCAACGGCGGCAGCUUCAUCUUUGAAAGCAUCUUCUAGUAGAGAUGUCGAUAUGACCGAUGCAUCCGCGUCAAUGCCGCCGCCUUCUAUUCCAAGACCGAAGUCUCAGAUCGGGCGACCACAGGCCAAGCGACCAUUAAAACCAGUAAAAGACACUGCUCCGAAAGCUAAGGCGCCUGCAACUGUUAUACGGGUUGACACUGGCUCCUCACGUGGUCAGCAGUAUCAUCCAUCUAAUACAACACUUGCGGCGACCUUAGAACAGUCAUUACAAAGUUCCCAAUCUGGACAUCUGCGCAACAAAGCUAGCAACAGUUCGAUACAAAGUAAGUCCUCUACUAAUAGCUUCAAAGCACAAGCCAAUAAAGCUUUGGAAGCUGCGGCAAGGAAGAAGGAGGCGGACGAACUUGCUGCUCAACAGAGAAGGGACGCGAAGCUAGAAAUGGAACGUCAAAGAGCCGCUAGCAAGGAAGAGCAAAGACGCCAGAAUGAGCUCACUAUCAAACGUGACCAAGAGCGUCAACGGGAACAGCAAAAGGAGAUAACUCUGAGUGAGGCUAAUAAAAGAGCCAUCGAAAGGGCGAAGCAAAAGAGAGCUCCGCCUCCGGCUAUUAGACCUCAACAAAAUACCGAUCAAUGGCAUGAUAAGUCAUUGCCACCGGUUCCACCCCAAAGAAAUGAUCUAGGCGGACAAGCAAAAACCACCCGUAUCAACACUGCAAAAGCACCACCAAAGAGACCUUUGCAGGAGAACAACGAAGAGGCUGCUCGUCCACCAAUGCAGCGGACUGCGCCACCAAAUCAUGGUGAUUCCCGCAGCAAACGACAAAGGACCAACGAGUUUUUCGAUGAAGAAGAUGAAUUGACGGAGUCUCAUCCUAAAAUGACUGCUCCCCCAAUUCGUCAAUCUAGUAUUCGUCCAAAGGUAAGCGUACAUCAAUCGUCGAUUAGGUUUACCAUUCUAACUCAAGAUAGGAGAUGCCCACAAAGUCGUUGUUUGCAAGUGGAUAUGCCCACGCUCCGCCGCCUGCUAAUUUGCAAAGAUCCACUAUCGUGUCACAACACCAAAAUAAAGUUGGUAACCCGAUGGAUAUGACUCAGGUCUCAAAAGGAGCCAUCCCAUUUGCGUCGAGCUCGAAUGGACAGUCAUACAAAACACCAGCACGUACUGCAAGCCAUGCCUCAGCGAAGGCAGCAAGAUCAGCAGCAAAAUCUUCGCCACGAUAUGAGAAUGGAGAAAACAUUGUUCUUCCCGAAAUACCUAGUGAUAGUGAUGAUGAAGAGGACGAAGAUGAGGAAAAAGAAAAGAAAGAGUUUCAAGGUCUUGGCUGGACAGAUUCUCCCGAGAUACGCAAACAAUUGGCACUUCAGGAAUCCAUUGAUCCAUCUAAGAUUUUUGGACGACCCCAGGCUUUGAACAUGGAAGAAGUGUUCGAUAAAAGUAAGGAUCGAUUCCACAAAUUUAGGGCUAGGACAUCCAGUGCCAACUGGAGUGGCUCUGACCGCCUCACCGAAGAGGAGGUGCGUAAAGAUUUGGAGGGAAGAGAUCGUGUGAGAAGGCAAGGUGGAUGGAGUUACGAUGCCUCAUUUUGAGAGUCGAAUUAGUAAGAGAGCCCGUGGUUUCAGUUACUACUUCAGGACCUUCAUGGGAAAUGGGCAUCGAGCUUUUAUAUUUUGCAUUAAAGUGAAUUAUGCAGAGGAUAUUAUGGCUGCUGGGCUAUUUGAAUUCUGGAUGAUGGAAUUCUGUUGCUAGGUUAUCUUAGAGUCAUGACGAGGCUUUAUUGUGGAUUGGCGAUGGAGUAUGAUUUUACCUUUCCAUAGGAGUUUUAAGGGGAUCAAUAACAAAUGAGGCGAAAAUCAAUCGUUUUCGCAGGCCUGGGAGUCCCUCGUACAUAAGUACAAACAAUGAAUAGGAAUAAGCCAAAUGAUUGCA